AUGGCUUUGAAAUUCGCCAUUACAAUUCCAGUACGUGGAUAUCUACCGCUCCUAUUGAUGAUAUUUCAUUCGUCUAAGCCACCAGAACUGGCUUUUCCGGUUAUUUGGCUAUAUCUAGGGCAAAAAUAUUCAUCCUUCAUAGUGAGUUUCUAUGUUCCCAAAGAGAAUCAACCUGAUCCACCUUCUGCUAAAGGCCUUCAUGUGCAAAAAUGGGGACGGAAAUAUGUUGCUGAAUCAUUUGGUCGGAUGCUAUCGACAAGAGCAAUUGAGUCGAGAAUGCAACGGAAUACAUUGUUGCGCAAUACAAUUCUCCAUUCGAGUUUCGGAACAGAGUGA